ACUAGUAUUUAUUCGCCAACGUCUUCUCAUUGAUUAUCAGUUCGCUGCUUGAUCUUCUGACGGAAGUUACAUCCAUCUGAAAUUUCAGACUUUCUCUGUCAGGAUAGCUUUCAACCCAUAUCUUCUACGAUUUUAGAGAUUCUUCCUUUUACAAGAAAAAAUGAAGCUGAUACUUGGUUUACUUGUGGUGUUGGUGGCAUCGUUUGUUGGUGCGAUGCCUUUUGGCGAGGAUACAUAUUCGAUGCAGCCUUCGGAAGUGGACGAUGAUGCAGUAAAUACAUGGUUGGAGGAAAUAUUGCAGGAGAACACAUUCGAUCAAAUGCACCAGCGACACAGGAGAUCACCGCAGAACGGGAAGCACGGCAGCGUGGUGGUGUCGGGAAGCAGAACAGAGGGACGGGGAGGUGCACCCGCUCAGCAGUCAGUACGCGGCGAGUACAACCACAACUUGUGGCGAGGCAGAAAUGGCGCCACCGUUGACGCCAAUGCCUACUAUCAGCGUAACUGGGGCGCCGGGCCCAGGCACGACUAUGGCGGUGGCAUUCGCGCCACCAUCCCAUUCGGUCGCCGAUGAUACACCCACUUACAGUUAAAUGCAACAAGAGAGCACAGUGAAGUAUCAUGUUCCUUACAUUACUAAUGAUUGAAAUUGAUAAUAAGUUUAGUUAAAUUGCACCUUUGAUUAUGGAUACGUUCGAGCCAUGUAAAGCCUUAAAUCCAUAAUCAAAGAUUGAACAUAAUAAUAUUUUAAGUGAUUAAUUCUAAAAUAGGGUCCUUAUGUUAUUUAUAUAUUAUAUAAAUGGACAUUGUAAUAUUUCACUCUAUAAACUACGCAGUUAAUAUUAAAACUGAUUUGGAUGGAAGUAGAAUGAUUACUACAGAACAUUCUUCAUUUUUGAUAUCGUUAGAAUUACCUAUCAUCUUUUUUUGAACCUGUAAUCAUUCCCUUAAUUUUCUCUCUUUUAUUAUAAUGUAAUGACAUUUCAAGUCGUUUUAUCCACAAAACUUAUAAAAUAGCCAACUCAAUAAUUCAUGUUGAAUAUUCUAUUUUUUUAACACAGACAAUAUAGUUUCACAUUUCACAAUAAAUAUUAUUUUACAAUGUUUAAUUGAAAUUUGGGAUUAGUGAAUUAAUAUCAUUAUACAUCUGCUCUGAUUAUUAUUUCAAUAUUUGAACUUUGCUCUGUGCCCAUCCAGUAUAGUGGAUUCUGUCUACUAUAAGUCUCAAAUUAUAAUAUUUGGUACCUACAGUAUCAAAUAUAUUUCUUAUAAUAUAUUACUUAUAUUUCUAUAAGUUAUCUCAUUCAAUGAUAUUUUUUAAAUUGUACUAGAAUCAGUAUUUUUAUCAUUAAUUCAUUCUAAUUGUUAUUUCCAUUGCAAUAUUGUCAUCUAUAACUUUUAAAAUAUCAAAAUUUGUUUUCUCUUAUUGACCUACCUACUUUGUCAAUGUUAUACCAAAUAAUUGAUAUAUUUCUCUGUGCAUUGUAAGUUUGUAACUUUGAUUUAUUCAUUACUCUUGCAAUUUUUAUUUUGAGAUAAAAAAGUAAUCAUUUAUAAAUAAAAAAGUUACCCAUCAAUAUUAUAUAAUAUUCUUAUUACAUCGAGAAUAUAAAAAGUCUUGAUUAGAAUAAAUUGUGAUGAUGCAGCUCUAAGUCAAUAAGGAAUUUUGUAAUGAUCAGAUGAAUAGUAUGAUGAAAAUUUAGUGUGGAUAAAAAUCUAUGUAGAACUUACCAAGUAUCAAGGGUGAUUAUUAUUACUCUUCAUUCCAAAUAUUACUAUUAUUCUCAAAUGGAAUUUUAUUUUGUUCUAGGAGGCUUAACUUGUUGACUUUUUAACUUGAUAUUAACUUUUUUUCAUAAGUCUGUUAUAAAUUAUAGUUGUCAAAAGAGUAUUGCAUGUACCAAUUGUAGUAAUAAGAAUUUAUGUAAGUUUUGAAUAAAUAAUGCUUCGACUUAUGCAAGUAA